CUUAUGCGUGCAGUGUAAUUAAUCACAACCGUGAAAAGAUGGCGAUAUACGGAUAUCUUCUUGUUUUGAUAUUACAUCUGACUACUGCUUUUAAGCCAGAAAUCUACAAUGUAUCGUCUCAAUGCGGUCAGUAUAUUUUCGUGACGUCAGCCGUUCGACUGGUGCUCGACAGUUACGCCUGGCCUACGCAGGUCGAGUGUGAGGUUCACAUCAAGGGCAACAGCGACUACCACGACCCCGAGUACGUGUCCGUCAGGUUUCUCAACCUCAACCUCGGCGGCACCUUCGACUGUUCGCGGGCUAAAGUCGACAUACUCGAUUACAAUAGGAAGGUUCUGACGCCGAGUGAAGGCGUCUGCGAUACUAUUGUACUAUUCGGCCAACCAUUCGAGUCCAGCGGCGACACCAUCACCGUCAAGUUCUCGAGACAAAGACAAGUAAUUCAAAAUGGUAGCUUUGAUAUCCUCGCCACGGCUAUAGGGUACGGUGAGUGCGACAACGGUGAGUUUGAGUGCACCAACGGCAAGUGCGUGGCCGACGUCGUGGUGUGCGACUCGUACAACAACUGCGGCGACAACUCAGACGAGACGACCGGCUGCAUCAUGUUCGGCAUCGGAGACAUCAUCAUCGUCAGCGCCAUCAUGUUCGUCAUCGCAGCCGUCGCAGCUUUCGCAGUCACCGUAGCCGUCUUCUACAGACAACGGACGUUCAGACGUAUACUGCGGGGGUCACCCACAAACUAUGGAGUAGGAGGGCGCACCACCCACGUCAUCAAAGCCCCUCCGUACACCACACAUCCACCACCAUAUCAAAAAUAGUACUCAUCAUUAUGACGUCACAGAAGGAUCUGUUUCAACUGAUUCUGCAAUCUAGAAAAAGUUUUACAUUGGUGACGUUUAUAAGUGUCAUUGCUAUACUGUGAAAGUAUAAUUAUAAAAGCUAAACAUUUCUUAUUGAAAUGGUAUUAACACAAUUAAAAGGUAAACAUUGAGUUUAUUUCUCACUGGAAACAUUUGUAACAAUAAAUAUUAAUGACCAAGAAA